GAGGAUGUCCAGCACGGUGUGUCACACUGGGUCCCGGCUCUCCAUUGCGGUAUUCAUCCUGUCCGUCCUUCUAACCGGUGUGGUGGAAGGAGAGAAGCUGGUCAACUUAAAGAAAGUGACCCACCAGGUGGUGCGGGCCGGGCUGGCAGAGACCAGCUUCCUGCCCUGCGUCUUCACCCUGCGGCCCAGCCCCUCGAGAGAGCCCCCCCGUAUCAAGUGGACCAAAAUCGUCUCAGAGGGUGGGGGCAAGAUCGAGGUCUCUGUGCUGGUCGCCAAGGACAACGUCAUCAAGGUCAAGAAGGACUUCCAGGGCCGCGUCACCCUGCCCGGUUACCCCAACAACCGCUACAACGCCACCCUCGCCCUCACCGGCCUGCGCUCCAGCGACUCGGGCACCUACCGCUGCGAGGUGGUGGUGGGAAUUGACGAUGAGCAGGACACAGUGCCCCUAGAGGUCUCCGGUGUGGUGUUCCACUACCGCGCCCCCAGUGACCGCUACGCCCUGACCUUCGCCGACGCCCAGCGCGUGUGUCUGGAGAACUCAGCAGUCAUCGCCUCUCCGAGCCACCUGCAGGCCACCUUCGACGACGGCUAUGACAAUUGCGAUGCGGGCUGGCUCUCUGACCAAACUGUCAGGUACCCAAUCACAUUGCCCAGGCCCGGUUGCUAUGGAGACAGAGACAACCUACCUGGAGUCAGGAAUUAUGGUCAGAGGGGCCCUGCAGACCUGUAUGAUGUCUACUGCUAUGCCAGACAGAUGACAGGUGAGGUGUUCCACUCAACAGUCCCGGAGAAGCUGAGUUUGGCCAUGGCUUCAACGCACUGCCACUCCCUGGGUGCACAGCUGGCUACAGCUGGGCAGCUGUACCUGGCCUGGCACGGGGGGCUUGACCGCUGCGACCCGGGCUGGCUGGCAGACGGCAGCGUGCGAUACCCCAUCAGGCAGCCGCGCAAGAACUGCGGUGGGGACGAGCCCGGAGUCAGGACCCUCUACCAGCACCCCAACCGUACUGGCUUCCCCGACACCACCUCCCUCUACGAUGCAUACUGCUACAGAGAUAAUCCUUCUGGAGAGCCAGUUGCUGUGGCCGCCGGUCUGCUGCUAUCAAAGAAUCAGAAGGGUACCGAUUCCACAGCCCCAGCCCAGGGAGAGCCCAAAACAUUCAUCUGGGGGGGCAACAGCGCCCUGAAGGAGCAGAUUAACUUCAUUGCAUCAAACGACUCUUCUGAGAUCUCAGCAGAGCAUGUGAUCAUCCAUCUGAAACCAGCCUCCUCCAGCUUAGCACUAGAUGAGCAACUGGAGCAAAAAGGGACAGACAUGCAGGGGUCUGAAAAAAGACAGGCUGCUACUCCUGACCUUGGGGAUUUAUCCAUGAUGGAAAUGUUGGGACAUCAGCAAGGUGACUCAGAAUGGCAGAAGGAGCUGCAAGAUGAGACAAUCAAAGAAGAGACUUGGUUGCUAUCUAGAUCCCACCAACGGCCCAUCUCACCAGCACCCACUACUGGUCUACAGGCUGAUGAGAUGAACAGUCUGCUUUCUAAUUUGGUUGAUCCUCCAAGGAACCCUGAAGGGAAUCGCUGGCAGGAUUCUAAUGACCAGCAUGUUUCGGAAUUCAUAGCUGAUUCUUUAGAGCAGGUCUUUUCCAUCACAUCCCAUGGAAAGUCAGAAGAGAGACCAUUAGUUCAGACGUCAACGGAACCUGGAAUGGCAUAUCCCCUGGGACUAAUUGCUUCAACACCACAAGCAACAGAAGAAUCUGAAAAGAACCCACCAAACAUUUCUGAGGUCCACCCCACAAACCAAGAGGGCACCGUGCCGGACCCACUGGGGGUGAAGACCACACAGGUUUCGUCAUUAGAUGGUGGGUCACCAAGCUCAACUGAAGAGCAUUCAGACCAAGGGAAAAUCCAAGAAUCCCCUGAAUUUAAUGGACCUACUCCAGAAACUACGGAAACUAUCCUGCUCCAUAAUAAUUUGCUUCUAAACAGUCCAAAAGAAGAAUUCGGACAAGAAGACGCAGAAAGCCCAACGUCAAUGGCUGUCAAAGUCAGCACAGAGGUGCAUUUUAAUGAUGCUGGAUCUUCAGAGAUCAGUGCUAAUGAGACAGACUUGGAAGAGGGUGCUAUCGUUAGCGAAUCCAGUGAUCUGCUCCUUGUAGAGGAAAAAAUCGAAUCUGCACAUGAACCUCCAAAUCUGGGCUCCAUUCCUGCAGUCAGUGUCAAUGAGUCCCAUCAUGCUGGACAAGAAAAGGUUGAUGAUUUGGCCAGUUCUGCACAGAACCCCACUGGAAAGAGUGCUGAAGACUAUGAAGACACUGUUUUACAAGAGUCAAAUCCUGUGUCUUCUGAUUCUGCAAAUGCACUGGAGAAUGACGCUGCUUUUGGAUUAAUUUCACCGGGACACAAAAGGACAACGCAUCCAACAAUGAUAGCUAAUGAAUCAUCAUCACAGCCCAGUGCUGCCAGCACAGUGCCAGCUUCUACCCCAUUGCCAGGCAGGAAAGACGAAUGGACACAUGAGCCAACAGCUGGCACCAUACAGGACAGCAGAGCUCCAGAAAGGGAGAGAUUGGCAGUCAACGAAUCAAGGAGAUCCUUUGAGGAUGAAGACUCCUUAACUGCAACCGUAAGUGGCCAGUCCGCUGAGCUGCACAGCCGUGGAGGAGAGGGUACCCUGAGAAUCAUGGGGAUUACAACGCCCUCUCCCUCACCUUUAACUGAUUCUGCCCCUGAGACAUCGGGAGACGGCCUCCCCUCUUUGAAGGAGGAUAUAACCAUCCGUCAAAAACUUGUGGAAGAUUUCAAAGCAGACUCCUCUGAAUCAGAGAUGACCAGUGCCCUGAAAUCCAGAAGAACACACAAAGAGGACCAGGCCGCCUCAUCCUUGCUGGACGACCAUGAAAUCUUCUCAGGAGGGGGCUCUGACGUGGAUAGAGUCUCCCUCCCUCUAGUGACCAUUGGCUUUCAUUCACCAAAACAACAAACUUCUUCUAACUUGCCUUCAUAUGAACCAGAACCUUCAGCAAAGCCAAUGUUGCCUUUUACUUCCCCAUCCGAGAAUUCUGAACUUGAGAAGGUUGAAGAUGGGAGUGGAGAUGCAGACGAGGGUCUCCUUGCUGUAUCUGAGGGAUCCAAAAACCCCACCACAACCAAAAGACCUUCAACCUCUUUCCCUCACAUAGACAAAGCCUUAGAGAGAGAAGCCUUGUGGGAGGUAACCCUGAAGCCACAGAAGGAACAAGAUUUAAUUAAUCCGACAACCAUCCAGAGAGGUCAGGAUGCUGUAUCCACGAUAGUGCCUAGCAGUGGCACCAAAGACAUUGGGAGGGAGGAGGUGGUUUCAGAAGACUGGCUGAACACCAAAGGUGGUCAGCUGUUCCACGAGUCGUCCACAGAGGCUGCUGCUUUGAAUCCAGAAGAAAGCGUGGCUGAAGUAAAGGGAGAAGUUGCUUUUGUCCUGCACUCAACUGAAAUUCAACCAACAAUGGUCACAGCGACAGAAAAAACUUCUUCUGGAGAAUAUAAGGAUGUAAGAAUGCCUUCCACACCUGAUGCCUUCAUUGUCAUAGAUGGAAAACCAACUUUGUCCCCUUUGAAAGAGGGGAGAAGCCCACAAAGACCAGCCACUGAAGACCUGCUCAUUACAACCUCAUUGUCGCCAUUUACAAGUAUGGGGAUCACAACAGAGUCCACAGUUCCUGUGGGUGACUUGCUGACCACUAAAGCUGCUUCAAAUGAAAGAAUGGAGAUGCUCUUUCCAACUAUCCCAACCACUGCAAUCAGAGAAGAUUUGACUACUCCUGAGCAGUUAGCACAUGCUGAAGCACAGAAGGAACAACUGCUGUUGGGCAAUGCUGUGGAGAGCACCCCAUCUGGAGAGCAGCCAAGAACAGCCAUCAAGGAACCUGCCGAUGAAACCACUGACUUCACCAUGGGACCAACCAUCUCUACCAUACAGUCAACAGAGAAUGAAUUAGAAGGAGAAAUGGAAGUAGAUGCAGAAGGGCUGGAGACUACGAAUCAACCAGAAAGUCAUGAGUCAGAGAACAGCUCUUCCUCUGUUCAGCCAACCAGGCUGGUUCUCACCACCGAGGUGUCCAGCGAAGGAGCAAAGACGUAUCCAGUGACCGCUAGAGCCACUGAUGAGAGUAGAUCCAUGGAACCCUCCAUAACCACAGCCACCUCGCUUGUAUUUAAGUCGGUUGCCCCUGAAGAUGGGCCUUCAUUAGAACUGGCUUUUAUCACCACCGUUGGGUCGCAUACAAUGCCUUCUGGAACCCAGCUCCCUAUUCCAGAGGUGGAAGUGUACAGUGGCAGUGGAACGGGACAUGGCUCUCCUGGAGAAGAGCAGGUGAAUGGAACAUUGCUGGCACCGAAGUCCGCCUUCGGCACAGACUGGGAGGACAUAGGAGCUUCAGAAGAACCAGCUGAGGCAGACCACUGCGAGACCAACCCCUGCCUGUAUGGAGGGAGCUGCCUGUCCAACGGGAGUGUGUACAGCUGUGACUGCCUGCCAGGCUACUCCGGGGAGAACUGCGAGAUCGACAUUGACGACUGCCAGUCCAACCCCUGUGAGAACGGAGGCACCUGCAUCGAUGAGGUCAACGCCUUCGUCUGCCUGUGCCUGUCCAGCUACGGGGGGGCGACCUGCGACAAGGACACAGAGGGCUGCGAUCAUGGCUGGAGGAAGUUCCACGGGCACUGCUAUCGAUACUUCUCACACCGGCACACCUGGGAGGACGCUGAGAAGGACUGCCGGGAGCACAGCGCUCACCUGGCUAGUGUCCACUCCCCCGAGGAGCAGAGCUUCAUCAACGGGCUGGGUCAUGAGAACACCUGGAUUGGGCUGAAUGAUCGUACUGUGGAGGAGGACUUUCAGUGGACUGACAACAUGGCCCUGCAAUACGAGAACUGGCGUGAGAACCAGCCUGAUAACUUCUUUGCAGGCGGAGAGGACUGUGUGGUGAUGAUCGCUCACGAGAACAGCAAGUGGAAUGACGUGCCCUGCAAUUACAACCUGCCCUACAUCUGCAAGAAGGGAACAGUGCUGUGUGGGACGCCCCCAGCGGUUCAGAAUGCCUUCCUGAUUGGUCGGAAGCGAGCGCACUAUGACAUCCACUCUGUCGUGCGGUACCAGUGUGCCGACGGGUUCCUGCAGCGCCACGUCCCCACCACCAAGUGCCGCAGCAACGGCAAGUGGGACCGGCCCAAAAUCAUCUGCACUAAAUCGCUCAGAGCCCACCGGUCGCGGCGCCACCACCACAAGUCCCGGCGCCAGCGGAGAAAACACAAGAAGCACUCCUCCAGGGGGCACAGGGAGGAAGACGACGACGACAGCCGGAACUACUACUGAACAAAACAAAAAACGAAGCACCGCAAAACAUGAAGGAAAAUCGUGAGCCCCCCCCCGAACCCCGAACCCCGA